UCCCCUCUCAGUCUCCUCCUGCCCGACUGGGGCCGAAUCCGCAAGCAACAGUGUCCACAUCCCCUUAGUGGCCUAUGCGGUAUCCAGAUUCCGGGGAUCUCACUCCCAGGGGUAGGAGUCGCUUAACCCCAGUGCCUCCCAUUCCUCUCCUCCUCCCACCCGGUGCUGUUCUAGGAGGAGCCUAAAUGUCCGCUUCCCCAGCUGAAGGGGAUUGUGGUGCGUAAACAGGAUUAACUCCCUCGCCCCCAGGCGCGCUGAGCUGUUCGGUGGCCUGCGGGCCGGAGCGAGCCCCCAGGUGCGCGGAGGGCGCAGCAGGGGAGCGGGGCAUGGGGAGGCUCUCGGCCCGGAGGCUGUCUCUCGGGCCCGCGUCCUCGCCGACUGGGGCAGGGGGCCACAGCCUCAGCAGCUGCUGCUCCGAAGCCCAGGCGGACCGCGGGGACGGCGCGGGUUCCUAGCGGCAGCCUCCCCUCCACCACCUCCCUCUCCCUCCUCGCGCGUCUCCUUCUCCGCCCCCCGCGCUCCAACCACUCGGUUGCAGCCCGCGCUGUCCUCCGGCCCCCGGAGCCGCCGCGCCAGCGCCUCGCCCAGCCAUGGGGGACCUGCCGGGCCUCGUGCGCCUCUCCAUCGCGCUGCGCAUCCAGCCCAAUGACGGCCCGGUCUUCUACAAGGUGGACGGGCAGCGAUUCGGCCAGAACCGCACCAUCAAGCUGCUCACCGGCUCCUCCUACAAGGUGGAGGUGAAGAUUAAGCCCACCACGCUGCAGGUCGAGAACAUUUCCAUUGGUGGUGUGCUUGUCCCGCUGGAGCUGAAGUCUAAGGAGCCUGAUGGGGACAGAAUUGUUUAUACGGGCACGUAUGACACAGAAGGUGUGGUCCCAACCAAGAGUGGAGAACGGCAGCCCAUCCAGAUCACCAUGCCGUUCACUGACAUUGGGACCUUCGAGACGGUGUGGCAAGUCAAGUUCUACAAUUACCACAAGCGAGAUCACUGCCAGUGGGGAAGCCCCUUCUCUGUCAUUGAGUACGAAUGCAAGCCCAACGAGACACGCAGUCUGAUGUGGGUCAACAAGGAGUCCUUCCUCUGAAGAUGGCUCUUUCUCACGUUGCUGGACAAUCUCAGAUAAACUGGCACAAGCCGUAACCAAGGCACGCCACACCAUUGCUGUUUCCCAUGUGGUACUGAUGACCUACUAGCCCUGAUUAUUUUGAAAGUGUAAUUCCCCUCUGAUCCCAUGUCCCUGACACAAAAGAUCGUGGUGUACCACCCCCGAAAAUACCCCUUUCUGUAUUCUGUGCUGGUGUUCCUGCAUCCAACCAUUCUUGGUCGUGCUAUUGACCACUUGUGACUGGAGCUCAGUGGAACUGCUAGGCUUGUCCUGUUCUUGAGGGUUCCACGGACUGUGUGUUUUGUUUCCAAGUUAAGUGAUUCUUCCUUUUGUGUUUAGUGUUCAAUUUAAAAAUAACAAUGUGUAUGAGUCCUCCCAUGUGUAAUAUGGUAACAUGUAACUUGCGAUGUUUGCCAGCUUUUAAAGCAGGCUUUGUGAAAAUGUAAUGCCAACAGCAGUGAAUGGGACUCAAAUGUUGUGCUUCCUAUAAACAGCUCAGUUUUUUCAGGGAAGGAUAAUGACAGACCAAAAGGACAAAUACUUAAAAAGUAUAACAUAUUAAUACUCUUUCAAGAAACAUAAGGUGUUGUGCAAUGGUCUAGUGGAAAUGGGGACAAAGCAAUUCUGUGGACCACUGUUAAAGUGAUAGGAGUUGUAGGGUUACCCCUGUGGCAAGCUCCCAUAGUGUUCAAAGAUGCACAUUGAUGGCAUCCCUACAUUCUUCUUCACUUGAACUUUGUAAAACUGUGUAUGGACCUGUAAGCAACUUUUGAUAUUUCUUAAUAAAGGCAUUGAAAAUC